AUGUCCAAAAGAAAACUUAGUCGGAAAUAUAUUGCAGACAGCGAUGUAGACGAAGAGGAACAGCAGCAAGCGGAUGAAGUAGAUCCUGAGGAGUCAUCUUUGCUUUCAGAAAAAAAACGAGUUACCGUUCGCAAAUGGAAUGCUAUAAAAAUGGUUGAUAUUAGAGAAUUUUAUGAUGGUUCGAAACCCACAAAAAAAGGCAUCUCUUUAACAAUAGAUCAAUGGAAGAAGCUCAAGUCAUUUAUCGAUAACAUCGACGGUGAACUCAAGAAACUGUAA